CAUCAACAAGCUGACCUUCAAGUCCAACAUCGCUUCCAAAGGGUCACAAGGUCGUGGAAACACUAGCCUGCCGCAAAAGGAGCCGCCAUGGUGUGUCAGACGCCCAAAUGCGGGUGGUUCGCAAGGAACCCCGCGCUGAACCCUUCCACGCCAAAUACCCCGACUGCACUUUCAGUCUUGACGGUCCCGUAUAGCCAGAAUGGCUAGGCAGUACUACUCUCUGCGCCGUUGGACUUUCUGUGGUCAAGCCUUACCGGGACAAGAUGGCCCGAACCAGUAAGUUCCAAAGAUUUCUAGCAAACGAGGCAAUCGUGAAGGUAGGACCUGGUACGCUCCUCACUACCAUAUUUCGCCGCUUCCUCGAGCACUGGGCUUCCAUUGAUACCUCAAGAUGCUGUUCCGUUCCUCGGUCCGUACAUCCUUGGUACGCCCCCUCAGGUGUAACGUCAUUGGCUCUACGCCGUCUCGUUCCAUGCGAACAUUGCCGUUGUUCUCGCUGGAAAACAAGACUUGCGUCGUCACAGGAUCUGCCCGAGGACUUGGUAAAGAGUUCCUCACUGCGUUCGCUCUCUCUGGCGCAAAGGGCGCUUGCGUCGACCUGUCUCUCGAAGCUGGCGAGUCCUCCAUCUCUUCAAUAGCAUCUCAGGUCAAGGAAGCAUAUCCAAAUGUGCCCGCUCCAGAACUCCGCGCGUACGGAUGCAACGCGACCAUUGAAAACGACGUCAAGACAACAUGGAACCAGAUCGUGAAGGACUUCGGCAAAGUCGACGUCCUUGUCACGGCAGCGGGCAUCGUGGACAACGUCGAGGCCGAGAACUACGAAUAUGCCCGCUGGCGGAAAAUGAUGGACAUCAACGUCGAUGGGAGCUGGCUUUUUGCCCGCGAGGCUGGCAAGCACAUGCUCCAGCACAACAUUCAAGGGUCCAUCAUUCUCAUCGCAAGCAUGUCCGCUACGAUUUGUGUCCGACCGCAGAAGCAAGCCGCAUACAACACCUCCAAGGGUGCCGUACAGAUGCUGGCCAAGAGUCUGGCUACGGAAUGGGGUCCCAGGGGUAUCAGAGUCAAUAGCCUGAGUCCGGGUUACAUGGCAACGGACUUGAUCAAGGGCCUCCUGGAGCAUGAAGGCAAAGAGCUUGUUGGGUCAUGGGAGAAGGAUAUCCCAAUGGGAAGGAUGGCUGAGCCAAGUGAGCUGAGAGGUACAAUCGUCUGGAUGGCCUCCCCAGCUUCAAGCUAUCUGAACGGCUCAGACGUGAUUGUCGACGGUGGAUAUACAUGUUGGUGAUCGAUCAUGUGCAGGACCUAGACAAGGUGCAUGCAUUCAGAAAGCAGUGUUCUGGGGAGCAUCAUAUGGAAGACAGGAUCCACUUCUCCCCUGCAGAGG